AUGGAAAGCUAUGGUUAUCCUUAUGCCCAUCCGUUCCCGCCUAUGCGACCCCCUGAAGGGGACUAUCCCGAUCAUGGGGAUGGUUAUGGGGAUUAUUACGGUCUGUCUUCGUUAAACGAGGAGCGAGCGAGCAAACAUAAGAAGAAUACGACUAAAUAUUUAGCUACCAAGAAGCGGCAAGACCGUAUCCAGGAGAUUUUGAAGAGUGAUGGUUUGGGGUCCAAAAAGUGGUUAUUUUACCCCAGACCUCAGGCUACAAAGACUCAGAACGAGACACAAGAAGUGACCGCCAGUAGGGAUAGUUGCGAUCAGCGGGUAAAAAUAGAUGCAGAAUUCUUCAGGAAGUAUAAGAGACGCAGCAAGGUGGACAGCGAUGCGCCCAUAGCUAAACUGAAGAGAUGGGAGUUGAUAUUUUAUAAGAAACUAGGGUUUAUACAGGCCGUUUGA